AUGGAACCAAAAACUGAGAAACUGAAGCUUCUUGCAGUAUUGUUUGUUGUGGUGUUUCUCGCUGCAGGCUUUCACAUUUCCUCAAGAAUUGCUCUAAAUAUUGGUGUCAGCAAAAUUGUGUACUUAGUUUAUAGAAAUAUCACUGCUUUACUUUUUUUAGGACCUUUUGCUUAUUUUCUGGAAAAGAAGGAAAGACCACCCCUCACAUUCUCCCUAUUGUUUAAGUUUUUCCUCGGAUUUUUGGGAACUCAUGCUAAUCUUCUCUGUCUCGUUCCAAUUUUAUUUACUGCUUGUCUUGAGGGACCACAUAUUUCUAAAGGAGGGCCAGUUUUUGCUGCCACUUACCUGCCUGUGCAAAUAAUUUUAGUUGCUGUCAUGGCCUUUGUGUUUCUUGGUGAUCAGUUGUACUCAGGCGUGGUAUUUGGGGGGAUUCUGAUUGCGGCAGGGCUUUACCUAGUCUUAUGGGGUAAAACAGAAGGGGAAAAAAUUGCAAGGGACUUUGAUCACCUUUAUUGUAAGCAACAUAAACAAUGA